AUGCUAACCAAAGGGGUGCGUUUGCACCAUGAUAAUGCUCGACCGCAUACCUCCCGACAAACCACCACUCUCAUCGAAGAAUUUCGAUGGGAAACUGUGACACAACCACCCUACAACCCGGACGUUGCUGCCAGUGACUUCCAUCUCUUCCCCAAGUUGAAGGAACACUUAGGUGGAACCCAAUUCCAGGACGAUCAAGAGGUGCAAGAAGCAGUUUUAGACUUUCUACGCGGCCAGGCGGUGGAGUUCUUCGACUCCGGUUUCAAGAAGUGGUUAUACCGACAGCAAAAAUACAUCGAACGAAAUGGUGACUAUGUAGAAAACUGA